CGUUGUACAUAUCUCCCCACAGCAAAAGCCCAUCAUAUCUUGACUCAUCGCAUUGUUUCUUCCUUUCCCCCAAUCCAACAUUCUGCAGCUCAUAUCUCCGUCUUCAAGACCUCAAACACACGCCACCAUGUCCACCUCCGCAAUCCAAGGCCCAGGCAUGCUCUUCGUCCGCUCCCGCAUCUCCUCCUCCGCCCGCGACAUACUCUCCGAGCCGACGUUUCUCACCUGGUAUGACAACGAGCACAUUCCCGAAGUAGUCUCUACGUCGGGCAUCGACUCUGCUUUCCGCUUCGUCGAUAGCCACAAGUCCUCUCCUAUUGCCAACGAGCAGAACCCAAAGCCAUUUCUGGCCAGCUACCCCAUGGAUGAUUUGGCUUUUACGCUAGGCGACGAGUUCAAGAAGAUAGGGUUUAAGAGCAGUGCGCUACCCGGUAGUGGUGUGAUCUACGAUUUGGCAGAUAUGGAUGUUAGUUACCUGGGCAUUGUGGGUAAGACACCGAAGAGAAGAGAGGGAAAAGGAGGUGGACCGAAGUAUGUGAUUACAUCGGGUAUUCGACCAGAGAAGCAGCCAGCAGAAGAACAAGUCACUGCCUUGUUCCAAAAUGAAAUCUCCACACUCGAAAAUUCACCACAGUUUAUACGCACACUCCGCUUCAAGCUCCUAUACGCGAGGACUAAUGCGCAGUCUCGUGCUCUCAAGGGUUUGCCAACGACCGAUGAGCCCCACCCUGAACCUUCGACUUGGCUGGCUAUACAUGAGUUCGCAGGGUCACCGGAUGAAAACCUCGUAAAGGCGCUGAAUGAUGGCAUGAGCAAGGCUGCUGAAGAGUGUGGUUGGGGCGAGACGGAGAUGGAGACGCUUGUCUGGAGGCUGGAUCGUGUGCAUGGAGAUGGGAAGUUCUUCGAGUAAAAUCAUUACAGAACUGAGGUGUACAAAAUGAAGGCUGUUGUUGUAUGAUGCAAAUGCUGACUGUUUCAGAGACGCUGAAUAGUAC